AUGAGCGAAUCGCUUAUCUCGCUCAUGGAUCACGGCAACGAAAGACGGGAGCAGCACUUUACGCCCGGACGAUUUACGCCCAUAAAAUUACCUGAGGGGCCUCCGCUGGAAGGGGUCGCGCAAUUAUUAGAUUUUCCCCGACAUAAGCUUAGAUUACUAGAGAAAUUGGGGGAAGGCGAUUUUGGAAUGGUACAUCUAUGCGAAGCGGAAGGCCUUCCCGACUUUAACGGAGGUUCUUCCUUCCAUAAAAAGCAGCUUGUCAUUGUCAAAAGUCUCUGGAGGGGUUGCGGUGACACAAAAAGACACGAGUUCCUGCGGGAGACCAGCUGGUUAGCGGGACUACGAGACCCCAACCUAGCGAGGGUGGUCGGAUUGUGCAGUCAAGACGAGCCCAUGUGCGCGCUCUUGGAACAUUCCGAACCAGGAGAGCUGCCACGUUUUCUUGCACAGCGGGCCGCCGAUGAUGACUCACAGAGCCCAUCUAUUAG